CGAACGCAAAAGAGCUUCGUGAGCUCAACGUCAAAUCCGGUUGAAGCAAGUAGUAAUCAACAAGGCGGCAGAAGCAGAACUUCCUGCAUGGGAUUAGGCGGGACGGGAUCGGGAACUGGAAUGAGCCCAAUCGUCCCUCGAGCAACGGGCCGAAGAAGUAUAGAGCAAGACGGAGGCUUUGAGAUAGUGACGUCAGCGCGUAUCAAUGUUCUGUCGACACGUCCGAGACGGUCUAGUUGUUCUAAGAUAUCGCUCGGCCAUGAAGGAAUCGAAACGGCUACUUCAGGAUCUCCGACAAACUACCGGCACCUAGCCGUGACUAGCAUGCGGCGCGCGAAGAGCAACACUCCAGACAAGAAGGCUUAUCUCUAUCGUGGUGUGCAACAAGAAGGACACGCGGCAACAAGUACUUCAUCUUCGUCUAGCAGUGACAACUGGGCAGAUCAGCAUGUAUCGACUCCGCCGAGACGGAAAUGUUGUGCACAUAGCGACGCUUCUUCGCCAGCAAGUAGAAACAAUCUUGUCACCAAACAACAGAUCACAGCGCCAACUACAACAUCUUCUAUGAGCAGCAGCAGCAGCAGAGGUGAGUGCGAGAAAGAUCAGAUCAUCGCGUAUCUGUCAGAGCAGCGCGGACGCUUUUUUGUUCGCAGUUUCGACACUGACAUACUAUCCCGGUUUUCAGACGACACAACUUUUGCUGAGGACGCGAAUGUGGUCUCGACUAGAGCGUCGACACGCGCUGCUGUCAUCGCUGAUGCGCUGAUGGAGAGCAAAGACGUGCGUGACGAACUCGGGCUCUUCAUGGCGCACGCUAAUAGGCAAAGCCCACAUGAUGAUAAGAAGGCCAGAAACUGUGGUGGUACAGAUACCCGAGGUGUUGAUGGGAAGCUGCGGGGCGAUGACCAGGACUGCUCUUGGGAUGAAAGAGGUUUGAGGACGGGACAUAGCCAGCAAGAGGCCGCGGCCACGAGUCAUACUGCCAGCACAGGAAGCACUAGCAGCUCUUCGAACUCUGCUGAAGAUAAGGGACUACUACAAAGCAUGUCUACUAUGUCUUCAACCUGUGGACGAAAGCGUGCAGAUCGUACAAUUGCGUCUGAAGACAUUCCUCGAGACACCACGCAACGAGGAGAAGGAUACUCAGAUGGGUGGCCCUCUGUGGGUUUUUUCCGAGACCUGAAAGAAGCUCCGGUCUCUUUUCUGCCGACCUAUAAAUUAGUAGGCGGCGGGCAGGAGUUCUACAACAGUGAACGCGUGCCGUCAUGGUGCGAUCGAGUCUUGUACUACACUUCUUGUAGUAGUCGGAGUGCGUGUACGAGCAGUAGUGGAGGUUUACCUACUUCUACUAUGCGUUCUUCAGCAGGAUCAACCACGUUAUCAUCGUCCUCGUCAGUGGGAGGUUGCCGUGUUCACUACACUCCAAGAGAGUACUUUGCGCUGGAGAAAACGAAACAUCUUUUCAGUGACCAUCGCGCGGUUGUUCAUACUGGUAGCCUAUCAUAUAACGCGCCUGCGGCAACGGCAAGGUUUUCAGACGAACAUCGACUUCCACGAGGAGAUGGAAGUAAGAGUAGCAAAGCGAGCGUGCAGCAAGGGCAGAAGUGUAAAGGUUUCCAUGUGCCGGUAUCUUCUAGUCGAAGGGAAAAGCAGCGAUUACAAGAUGUGUGGGGAAACCAGCGUCAAAAUGAUGAUCCGCUGAUGAAUGGGCAGAGAAGGAUUCUCGCUGCUCCUAAGACAUCGCAGUCACGUGUCAGCUUUGUUAGCAAUGCUAACCACGGGCAUCUAGCAGCACCACUACUGGAAUCAUCGUCAUCUCGAAGCAAAGAUCCUCAUUUGAAAACGACUGAGCCGUUGAAGAAAUGUAUCAAGAAUCCACGCACUGAGUCGCACAAUAGCGGACUCUACACGAGUCCCUUGAUAACGAUUCUUCGAUAGGCAUGAGGCACUUUAGAACUCAAUGAUUUAUAGAUUCUUUUCCAAUAAGUCGUACACGCGCUUCUAU